AUGAACACCGUCAGCGUAGGGCAAUACCAUGGGCUACGGGUGGGCUCUUCCCUGCUGAGCAUUGUGGCGGGCUGCAUCCUCAUUGGGGUGUCCAGGGACUGUGACGCUGAUGCCGUCGGAGGCAUCUUCCUGGGAGCGGGCAGCCUCGGCCUGCUCAUAUCAAUCUUCCCCUUCGUAAAAGCCUGGCUCAACAUCAACCAUAUUCUCCCUUCCUUUGGAAACUUCAGAGUGCAGCCAACACCUGCCAAUCCCGCUCCAGAUCAACCCGUGGAGAUACUAAGAAGAGAAGGAACCCAGAGUCAACUGAAUCUGGAGCGUUCAAAGAGUCGAAUGGGAACCUUUGUGGAGGGCGGGCCGAUGGCUGAGACCAACCCAGAUGAGGGGACAUCCUCAGACAUGCCAGACGUCUUAUCUCGACGGAAACUUAAGCUAUCACCUGCUGAUCAAGACCUGCCAUGAUGUCACCACAUGACCCCCUAACCCUAACCCUAUAUCAUUCAACUUCCCCACUAAUCUUCAGUAUCAGGUUUCUUUCAA